UGCGAGAAGAAGCUCCUUUCCGUCCCUAUGCUCCUCCCCUAGCCAGUGCUGGGUUGGGGUCGGGGUGGGGGUUGUCACCAGGCUCCAAUGAGGCACCUCUGGGCCUCUCCGAACAUGUGUCCCUGGAGGCUAAUUAGAUCCAGGGCACUCGCGUUACUGCCUGCCUUCUUGUGCCAAGAGGGGAUAGAGGACAGAAGGGGACGUUGUGUGCUUGGAGGAUGGACCAGGGCGGGGAGGGGGGCAGGGAGAACGGGAAGCGAGUGGGGCGGGUGCCUUUUUUUCUGUUCAAGAGGUGGAGAUCUUGAGAAGCGACAGCUUUUUCGCUUUGGGCACGGCGCUGAAGAUUGAUAUGUAGAAAAAGAUUUAUUUUCCCGGGCGAAAAGUACAUCACAAGAGCGAAGUUUGCAUGAAGGGUUAAUUUUUAUUUUUUUGGGGGGGUGGGGGAGUAAAGUUUGGAGGUGAGAGAGAGGCUGAAGUAGGAAAUAUGACAGCACAUGGACGUUGGCCCAGAGGUGCUGCACUCGGCGAUGCGUUCACCAGCUGAAACGGGAGGAAGCCAGCAAGCCAGUAUGGCUUCGGGCAUGUCUUUUAUGAUCGCUCUGCUCUGCUUUGGCAGCCUGCUGUCCACUGUCACCUGGUAUAUGAUUGACGACGAGAGUGCCGUGGGUUCCUACAAACCGCCCCCUCAAAAGAAAACUCCCCCUGAGCCCGCUGCCUUUUGUAAAGGCUGUAGGGAAGUGAUUGACAACGUGUUGAAGCGCUACUCUGAAAACUGGAAGAAAAACGUGUCGAACCACCGAGCAUUUACGUUCAAUCUGAGCAGCUCGUGUCGAGGCUUCGAGAGGGCCAUCAUCACUCAGGCCAACACGCCCGUGGGAACCAAGAUUCAAUACGAUGGCGAAAAGCGCAGGAUCCUACAGGUGACGCCGGACAUGUUUAAAACCUUCAUCAAGGAUCAUCCGUUCGGCAACAAGUCGUUCGACACGUGCGCCGUGGUCGGCAACGGAGGCAUCCUGAUGGACAGCGGCUGCGGGAAAACCAUCGACUCUGCUCAGUACGUGAUCAGGUGCAAUCUACCGCCUUUGGGCGAUGAGUAUAGCGAACACGUAGGCAUCAGGACGGAUCUCGUCACAUCCAACCCCAGCAUCCUCAAAGAAAAGUACAACUCUCUGAUAGGACGACGGCGGAGUUUUGCGGAGAGACUCCAGCACUACGGGAAGGCUCUGGUCCUCCUUCCCGCCUUCUCCUUCGGCUUCAACACGCCGCUGUCAAUGCGGGCGGCCUACACCAUGGAAGACUUCGCCAGCCCCACUCAGCCAGUCUUCACCAACCCGGACUACUUGCGCAACCUUUCCCAUUUCUGGAACAUCAGAGGCCUCAAGUCCCGUCGGCUCAGCACGGGCAUCAUGAUGGCCAGCUUGGCUCUGGAGCUGUGCUCCAACGUGCACCUGUACGGCUUCUGGCCCUUCAGCCACCACCCGCACGGACUCUACGCGCUGACCAAUCAUUACUACGAUGACAGGCAGGUCAACAUCAGGUUUCACACCAUGCCCGUUGAGUUUGACCUGCUGCUCAACCUGCACAGCCAGGGCGUGCUCAGGCUUCACCUCGGGGAUUGCCCAGCCAGUAAAAAGCCGUGACUUGUUUGCACUGGAGAAAGCAAAAAAAAAAGAAAAUCUCAACACUGAAGACUUUUUUGGAUUAUUUAUUACUACGCGUCGUCCAACUUGAGUCUGGAGAAAUUGUUUGUAAAAGUUGGUUCGCACGGUGCUUUUUGUCAGUCCAAUGUAACUUCCUGUAAUCUUGUUUACGCUUAUAUUUGUAUUAAUUGGCAUGAUACAGUGUGGACUGAUCCCGAUGGCAAACACCAAAAAUCCACAAAUCAUCGAUGCGGUUUCUUGUGACAGCACGUAACAUAAUGCCUAUGACUGCAGUUCUGGACUGGAAUCCAAAAUACCCGCCACCUUGUCAAUACGAAGGAGGAAAAGUACAUGCAAGGCGUGUCAGAAAAGUUCCAGGACUGGUUAUCACAAGAUGUAUUUCAAAUUCAAGUCAAAUGCUUUUUUCCCAGCGUUCUCUGGCAUGACCAUCUUUAAAAUGGUUCCCCUUGACAAGCGACCCCUUUGAACUGAGGCAAAAGCCGCAUGGAGUCAGAGGUCUGCCGAGUCUGCAGGUUACUCCUGCACGCUGAUGUUAUUAGCCGGGAAGUGUUGAAUGCGUUUUUUGAGGACCAAAUGGCGCGUGAUCUCUUUGUUGAUGUGCUGGUUGAUAGUCCGGCUCAUUGUUUGUAGUUUUGGUAUGAAAUACAGAUUUUGCAACCCCAGUCCUGAAACUUUGAGCCGUCCUUAUUUAUACACACAGAUUGUUUUCAGAUCAGGAUCUUGUUACUAAUGUAGUCAAAUUAUCUUUGAUGUCCCGUUAAUAGGUUGGCGAGCUAAUUGGGGUUGGAAAUACCCGUUUUUCAAGUUAUUCUAGUUGGUGAAAAAAGAAAAAAAAACAGCCAGUAUCGUGAACAGGUAGCCUUUCCAUUCAUUAUUCGAUAUGUAAAUAAGAUUUGCUCUGAUUUGAUCGCCGUUCUCAUCGAUAUGAAUAUGCAAAACCUCUUAUCGGUAGUUGGCGAUAUCGCCGCGUAUGGCGGCCACGUCGCGGGCCCUGAAAGACAAAAAAGCCUGUGUAAGCCUUUGAGACGCUCAGUUUAUGUUGAGGCUCGCUUAGCUCUCAUUCAAAGAAGCAAAAAGCAUUUUUUUAAGGACCUGUAAAAUGACGACUACUUAACGUUACUCAUCCAUAUUUUUUUGUAUCUGGCAUUGCGUGAUGUUGACAAUGAUGUAAUGUAUUUUUUUUUUCACUGUACACUUUUUCCUGUGAACUUUUGAUCGUAAUGGUUCAACUUCCGGGCAUUUUACCUGUUUUCAUCCUUCCAUCAUAAUUUUUCUGGGAAAUUUGUUAAUGUUUUUUUUUUCCUCUUCAUGAAUUCAUUCAUGACUCACUUUAUUUCAUAAAGGUCCAAAUUUACCUCUUCUCAUAAGUUUAAAUUUUCUCACCAAUCUUAAAGCUUUUCCAACAUUCUUUUUUUUUUCUUGCAACUUUUGAUCCCCCCCCCCCUUCCCCCCAAUAGCAUUUGAAAAUUUUCACCCAGACGUCACUUAUUAGCAUCAGUUUUGUACUUCUUUCCCAUAUUUUUAUUUAUUUUUUUGUCUUUUUCAACAUUACAACCUUUUCCUUGUCCCGUUUUGACUUUUUCCGGUAAUUUAACCUCUUUAACUUUUCGACUUUGAUCACUUGACAGGUUCAGUCUUGUAACGGUGGAGCUUUUAAACUUUUUGUUUGUUUGGUUUUUUUUUUGUCCAUUGUUAGUUUAUCACUUUGUUACAAAGAGAAACCUUUUAAAAGUGGUACUUUUUUUUUGUUCCUAUAGUUGGCAUUUGACUUGGGGAAGAUAACUGUGAAUGAAGCACUUUGGGUGAGAAUUUGGAGAUUUGGUUUCCUUUACGUGUUCAUUGUUUGGGUUCCUAUCAUUCAUUGUUGUCCAUGUCUGGGGGAUCCACUGGAGCGACUUGUUGAACAUUAAUAAGGAAUAAAUGAGCCAAAGUGCUGUA